AUCCAGUUAAAAAAACGUUUGAUAUUGAAUUUGAAAAUCUGGGAUUAGUUCUGCCGUCUGGUAUUGAAAUUAUGAAGGGAGUUACGGGAAAACUUUCACAUGGAAGAACAUGUGCAAUUAUGGGACCAUCUGGUGCGGGUAAAACUACUUUUGUGUCACUUUUGACCGGCAAGGCAAAGCGAACAAGCGGCACAGUAAAAGUAAAUGGCGUAGUUGAACCACUGGAGAAAUAUCGAAAACUUAUUGGUUUCGUACCUCAAGAGGAUGUGAUGCUUCGCGAAUUAACUGUACGCGACAUAUUAGUGCAUUCCGCAUUAAUGAGGUUACCAAAUGAUAUGGAUAGAGCAGUAAAGAAGCAAAAAGUCAUUGAAGUGAUUCAAUUUUUAGAACUGAGUCAUGUGAUGGAAUCGAUAAUCGGAAACGAAGAACAACGUGGUAUUUCUGGUGGUCAACGCAAACGUGUAAACAUUGGAAUGGAAUUAGUUGCUGAGCCAUCCGUGCUUUUUUUGGAUGAGCCAACUUCAGGAUUGGAUUCAGCUACAGCACUUGAAGUAUGUAAUUUGUUGAAAACGAUUGCACAUAGUCAAGGAUUAACAGUAGCCGCGGUUAUUCAUUCACCAUCUCCACAAGCCUUUAAAACAUUUGAUGACUUUUUAUUAUUGGGCAAAGGGGGAAGGAUUGUAUAUUUUGGACCGACAAAUGAAGCAUUGAAAUAUUUUGAGAGUCUUGGUUUCCGUUGUCCAGAAGAAGAAAACCCAGCUGAUUUUAUGUUGGAAGUGGCAGCUGGAAAAGUCAAGCCAGUUGAUCGACAAGACAUUACAGUUCCUGAUUUAUUUGAAGCAUGGGAGAGAUAUUGUGAAGCAGGAAAGGCAACAUUUACACAUGAUACAAAACUUGGGAUCCCUGAUGAUGAGCCCACUCAUCGCAACUGUUUUAGACUACUUUAUUCUGAAAUCUGUUUACCAUUUAUUCACGUAAUUCAAGAUAUUUGUGUAUAUACAGUAGAUGUAUCCAUGGAGUUUUACUCGUUCCUUGAACGUACAUUUUGCUUUUGUCGACGAGAUCCAAUUCGAGAAACACCCAAUGUAUUUGUUGCAUUUAUAUUGUUAUUUAAAAGAGCUUGUUUACAACUUUAUAGAAACAUAGUACAAUUUUUGUUGGAUCAACUAUUACAUCUUGGAUGCGGAAUUUUUAUUUCUUUGGCAGUUAGCAAUCUAACAUACAUUUGGAAGCCACCUAAAGAGGUAUGCGAGAUUACGCCAUUUAUUCUUAUACCUAUUUGUUUGCAAGCUAAGGAUACACUUCAGAACGUUGGAGUAUUCAUGUCACUCGGAGUGACAUUUGCGGGGAUUAGUGCUGGAGGCUCAACAUUUGGAUAUGAAAAAGUAGUUUAUUGGCGAGACACAUCAGCAGGAAUGCAUACAAUUCCAUAUUUGCUAGCAAAAAUAGUUGCAGAUAUUCCUCGAUUAAUCAUUGCAGCACUUAUGUUUUCAUUAGCAUUUAUUAUUUUUUAUCCGUUUAGGGCCGAACUUUGGCAAAUUUAUAUUAUUGUUUUGUUUUUGUAUGUCGCAGCGUGGGCGAUGGGGUAUUUUGUAUCAGGGUUGGUUUCAAAGGAGAAACUUAGUUUGGUUGGAACAGGGUUUGCUCUCGCUUGGGGUAUGGUAUUGAGUGGUGCAACACCUAAGUUGGAAGAUGUUGAGUCAGGUGGUACAUUUACCUAUAUAGGAUGGUUAUGGGAUGUUUCAGCACAAAGGUGGGCAGUUGAAGCAUUAUAUCUUAAAGAAUUAGCGCCUAGAAUGUAA